UAUUGUUACCGUGGCAUAAGACCACCUGAAUACAGUGCCUAAUAGUACCUACUACUAGUACUCCGUACCCGUACCCGCUCCGUCCAUCGGUCCUGUUCAAGCCUGUGCGUGGAGUGCCAAUCCCUCUCUAAUCUCGCUGGCGGCUCCCGCUUGCUGGUAUGGCGAAUCUGCAACGCCUGCCUGCCUGCCUGCCUGAAUUGGACUUGGCCCUGCCUGCCCACUACUGCCUGCUGCAUCGCCCGCUGGUGCAACAAGCAUUGCUCGGGUCCUGGGCCCUGGGUCCUGGGCUGCUGGGCUGGCUGGGCUGGCUGGGCUGGGCUGGGCUGGGCCGUCUUUCCCCACUCCUCUUCCCUUCCGUCGCUCGCUGUUGAUUCAUCCGCCAUCCGCCUCUCCCUGCCAGUCAGGUCAGUGCCUGCUUGCCCACAGCCACUGUCAGACCAGACCAGCUUGGGGCGUGCACGCUUCUUCCUUUGAUUGAAGGUUGUGUCGACCCGUGAUCAUUCUUUUCUUCAAUUUUCCUCGUCCCCUCCCCCCUGCCAGUAAUCCUCUUCUUGUUGCUGUUGUUGUUGUCGUCGUCGUCUCCUCCUCCUCGCCCGCCCUACAAACACCAGGCCGAAUGCGUCAACCGCUGCUAAUUGCCCGCGACUAAAAGGACAGCAGCAGCAGCAGCAGCAGCGUGAGCUGAGCCGUGAGCGUGAGCGUCAGCGAGACGGGAGACAUUGGGCGGAGAGAGAGGCGGCAUUAGCCACCACGGAUAACCCGUUUCGAGUCGCCCUACAGAUUGCGGUCACUCUUCUCUCCUCACCCAUCCCAGUCCAACCCUCAACUGAAACCUGAUACCACACCGCCAACAAUCUCGACACACAUCCUCGACCGAUUUCCUUCCCACUCCGUCUUUUUUGUUUUCCUCCACGCCCUUUCUCCCAUCCCUACCUGAUCUCGGCCGGUCACCCACUCGCUCCUUUACCCUUCACAAUCCGUCGAGCCGUUCGAUUUCCUCACAAACCCCGACCCGCGCCUCGACCUCGCCGUAUCGCCCCUCGAGGCAAUUUCUCGCAUUUGCAGCUCAUCACCCUGCCCCCCCGACCUUGCAUCCCGGCCUGCCAAAUUACUUCGAUUAAAGCACGAGCAUUACGAACCGACCCUCCUACCUUUUUUGCGUCAUCCUCCACUGCCACUCCUCUCUCCAUCAGCCCAGCCCAUUGCAUAAACUCAAAAUAAAUAGCCCUCAAACGCGCCCGACCGCAACACCUAAUUAAGGGGUUGGGAGUUUCGAAUCUGUACAAUCCUCAACCUCAACCGCCCUCCCAGUCUCGCCACUACUGGUUGUCAUCGCCCUCCCCGCAGGAUCACCUUGAUCUUGACAGCCCAUCAUGAGGGAAGUCAAUUUCAGCAUCCCCAACGUCAACAAGGCGUCGGUGGGCAUCACCACCGCCCUUUACGACAGACGAGCACUCGACUGCACAUCCACCCUGCCACUCAUCAACUCUUUAAACCACCUUGCAUAUCUCACAACGUCCUCUGCUCGCAUCCGGGAUAUCCUCACCGUCGACGGCGGAAUCGAACGCCUGAUAUGUAUCUUGAAACAGGGCAGGAGCAAGGACAUGAUGGACAUGUGGAAAUGGAACCUGGCUUUCCAAUGUGUCGUCAACAUAGGAGUUAGAGGCACCGAGGCCGUCCGCACCAGGGUCGUCGAGGCCGACAUGGUUCCCGUCAUCGCUACAAUCCUCGACAAUUAUAUCAAGGUCACAGAAAAAUUGAGGGAAAAGGAAGAAAAGAAAAAGAGACUGCAGGAUCACCCCAGCCGGUCCCGGCACGACCACAGCGGUGUCUCCAAGUCUGGUAGCUUUUCCAACCGCUCGGGACGUCUAGACGUGGACCACAGGGCUUUUAGACGACAGGCGCCUCCGCCCAGUAUCGAUAUCACCUCCGUUUCCUUCCCUGCAGGUGCCGGCCCAUCGGCGGCGGCUGAGCAGCCACAAUCCGACAUCACACCCACCGUUUCGCAGUAUCCCGUCACGACUCCUCCAGAGCGGGCACCGUUCCACACACACCGCCAUCAUCACCACCACAGAACGCAAGAUCCGCGACAGCACGCUGCCACCGCACCUCGCCAGCCCAUCCAGCCGCUUGCCUCGACAGUUGCCAACCCGGACAAUGACACUUUCAUCCGACCCGUGCGGGAUGUCGACAGGCUGGCAUCGAUGAUGCCAUUCGGGCUUCACUCUUUGUCGUCGCAGCCAACCUCUCCGACAACCCCUCUCCCACCACCUCAGAUGAGGUCGCCGACAGUUCGUCCUGCCUCGGGCAUGGCACAAGCCUCGAGGUCCCGCCGCCGCCCGUCCAUUCGCCACCAGAACUCCACCGCCGACUCGGACGAUUUGAAUGGCGACAGCAUGCAAUCGGAUGAGUCACCCGACGCCGAGAUGUCAGGGACUGCUGACAUCCAGGAUGUCGGGAUUCAGGACAUCAGCAUGGAGGGCGAAGACAGCAUUUUGGCCGAAACCUCAAUUGAUUUGACACCCCAGACUGGAUCAGAUACACAGCAAGACGGAACCUUCAACAUCACGCACCGCACGCCAAUGGACGGGAGCAUAAUGAACACCACUCCCACCCCCGGGCCAACGCUCGGCUUGUCGCCCAACAGGCCUACGAUGGUCAGCCCUCCGCAGCCGACGAUGCCGACCGCCAGCGUCCCGCAUUAUCUUCUCGGCCGUCAGAUGAACCCCAACACGCAGAUGAUGGCCGCCAUGCCUCGCGAGGAGGACGUGCUCAUGUCUCUGCAGCUCCUCGCCUAUGUUUCAAAAUAUUGCAACCUCCGCACCUACUUCCAGAAGAGCCAUUUGGUCCCACGGCUUAAGAUCGGAAAGGAGAUCGCCUCGGUGGAGAAUGACGACAUGCCGGUGGAGCUCGACGACGACGACGAGGAGUUCGAAGAGGAGUAUCUCUUGCCAAACGACCUGAACAUCUUCCCACUGGUCGAGAAGUUCACCGUCCGCUACCACAGCACUGAUAUGCAGUACUGGGCCGGGGUGGUUAUGAGGAACCUGUGCCGGAAGGAUGACACUCGGGGUGGCAUCCGCCAGUGUGCAUAUUACCAGUGCGGAAAGUGGGAAGAGUACACCCGCCAGUUUGCCAAGUGCCGUCGAUGCCGGCGGACAAAAUACUGCAGCAAGGAGUGCCAAAAGAGCGCAUGGGCUUUCCACCGCCAUUGGUGUGUCGCUGCAACACAAUGAAUGAUACCCGCUACAGCGUCUGGUUUUUCAUCAUCAUUGGAUUCAGCGCACUCACGCAGCGACCCGGGCAUAAUGUCUACUUUGCAGCAUCACCUACUUGGUCUUUGUGCGGCCUAACAGCAUUGCGAAGCACGCAUAUUCGGAGGCGUCUACUGUUCACGUUGUGAUACCCUUGGAAAUGGUCCCAAGGGGUUGGUUCUGGCAAUAAACGGCACCGCAACCUUGGUUUAAUUGGAUUCGCCCAUAACCCCCGGCUAUCCCUCACGCUCUCGUCAGAGAUUGGACGACUGAAGAGCAACCCUCCUACUUUAAAUCGAAAACAAAUCUCUGUUUCGCGACCCUCACUCGUCUACCGGGUGCGAGGUCGGCCAGCUGCAGACCGAGGAGAUUGCCACCCUCGGGUGGCAACAGUUCUGCAUUACCUCGCAACCUUGCCCGCCCCAAAUGACCCAUUUACUUGCGUCUAGGAGGGGCAUGGAGCUCUCCUUACUUUUUUUUUACAGGCGUGAGAAGGGAAAGGUAGACGCAGGGCAGGAUGGAAGUUGGAUCCGGGGGUCGAAUCCCUCCCAGUGUGACCAACUACCUCUGGGAUGACACGAUACAUGCAUGGCCCGUCAACGGCGCAUCUCGGUUGCUUUUCAAUAAUGGCUCCUCGGUUGUUUUUUUUUUCAGUCUCACAUAUAAUGCUCAGCCACCGCGGCACCUCUUCUUUUUAUUUUGGUAUUUGUGUUUUUUUCCAAGUCUGCUGCUUUGCAUCAUGAUGAACAAGGACAAGGACAAAAAAACAGGAUGGACAGAGCUCGCCGCGGCGACGCUUCACACGAAAUGUUUUCUUUUUCUAUUCCUUUUGCAUAGGGAGCGGGUGACUUUCAAAGUAGGAGACGAAAUGAUACCUGGGGGGAAAGGAAGCUAAGGAGAAGUGGGAGACCGCUGACCUCUUGUCGAGAUGAAUGAGACCAAUACUUUUGAACCAAACUUUUGUGCUCUAUCGAAUUGCAGUCGGUGACCUAGGGCUGGAUGUCUUGGGACAAUUGCUGUCGUAAUUAUGGGCAGUACCACAGCUCCGAAUGCGAGUGACAAUUUGAGUAAAACAUCAUGUUCAGAGACCAGAGGCAUGGCUUUUCUCGUCUGUGCGAUGGACCUGCGUAUGGGACUAUUGAAACCAUAAAGUGCCAAGGACAUGACCAUUUCUUGUAGCGAGAUGCGUGCCAAUCCAAACUCCCGUGCUCUGGUGCUGUAUACGAACGACGCUCUCCUCAGGUCGGCGCACAAGGACUCCAUGGCCACUGUUGCCCUUGACAAGUGCCACCUACCAUUGGCACAAUGCCCGCUUCACAGGCCAAUUUGCACGAACUGAUCGAUGGGCCUCGCCAAUACGUGUGGAUACUUGACGGCAGCUUCCGUGUUGGUAUUUUUCUCUUCUCAUCCUGCGCCGCCCAGUGAGUGAUAUUCACAUUAUGUACCACACUCAACCAAAAAAAAACCCCAUAGCAC